UUCUUUUCCCUCCAUUGUUUUCCUGUCACCCAGCUGUGAAACUUGCGAUUCUCAUAGGUCUGAAAUCCUCAAUUCUUUUCCUUCUUUUCCCUCUAUUCUUUUGUAGAUUUAGUUUGAUUGUUGUUACUUUCUUGUUUAAACCGGGGAAAUGGGUUUAUUCUCAAGCAUUUGACAUAAAUCUGUUGCAUACCGCAGCACUCCUAGGAAGAAGAGAAGACAACAACACCUCUGACUUUCUGAAUCUAGCAUGUCGUUUCAUAUUUUUUAGUUCUUGUUCUUCAAAUGGGUUUAAUGAAGUUUUCGUGUGCGAUCAGUAAUUCGGAUUUCCAUUGGCAAAAUAAAAAAAUAAUUGUUUAUUUUUCCAAUUGUUAGAGCUUCAUUUGUUAUUCUUGAAAAAAAGAGAACUGGAGAAUGCCCUGUUUGGUUUGGGUUUUGUGCCAAAGAAAAAAAAUAAUCUCCCUUUCUUCCACUAGUAGAAUUUCUGAAUGUUUUUACAGAUUAGGCAGUCCUCUUUUGUUUGCUUCAAUUUCGUGAAAAGUUGAAUUUUAAAAAGAAAUUGUAGUUCAAAAGUGCCAUGAUAAGAGCUGAGGAAGCUGGAAGAGAACUGUUGAUGUUAAUGCAGUUCAAGUCAUUUCCUCAUUUACUAACGACGACUCCUCGCAUCUGUAAUCCUUCUCACGGCACCAUUUUUUCUGGGUCCUAAACCUCCUAAGUCUUUUCUUUCUUUACUUAGUAUAUAAAACCAUGCGGCGAUCUCGACAUAAAGGAGAAAUGCAAUUUAAUCACACAACUCAUGCCUAAGAUUUCAGGUUCUUUUAUGGAGGAAGUGUUGCUCUGAUUUCCUUGCUAGCACAUGAAACUUGUGCAUCUUUAUAAUAAUUGUUUAUUCAAUGCCUAAGAGCAUGAUAAGGAAGCAAUAUGUCAUCGUAUGGCUUUAGUAUUUGGUACUUCUACUUGUCAUAUGGUUGUAUCACAGAGCAAGCUGUUCAUUCCUCGGGUUUGGGGACCUUUUUGUUCAGCAAUGAUCCCUCAGUAUUGGCUUACAGAGGAUGGGCAGAGUGCUACUGGUGCAUUAUUAGAUUACAUCAUAGAAAACCAUGUAUAUUCUCCCCGCCUUGCAAACCGUGCUGGUUCUCAGAACGUAUCGCUAUUUGAACUACUGAACAAUAAAUUGAGGACUAUAAUGGAUGACAUAAAGGCUCCAUUCCUUGCUGCUUUAACACAAGAUGUACAUGUCCUUCCCGACUUCCAUGGAAACAGGUCUCCUGCUGCAGAUCCAAAAGCAAAGGGAAUUAUUUGUGGCAUGACCCUUGACACAAGUGAUAGCAAUUGGCUCUUUCAUACCUUGCUACCGUGCAGGGUAUUGCAUAUGGUACACGCCAUAUUGUGGAGGAUUGCAAUGCUCAUGGUCACACAAGACGAGUUAAGAAUAAGAUGGUUGGUUUAUGUGCUGAUCCAACAUUUGGAUGAAGAAAAAGAUUGGGAAUUGGUUGCCCUAUUGUACUACCACGAAAAAGUGAGUCUGUGCUAUUGGGUUGGUGCUGUUGCGCAAAAAAAUAUGCUAGUUUCUGUGAGGCCAUGAGGGCCCUGAAUGCAACUGGUCAAGUCAUGAGCAACAACUAUCUCAACGUUCAUUAAUUGCUAAAGCUUUGGAAUAGGUCCUGGUGCUAAUCAGGACUUGUGGAAACUUGUGCAAGAUCAUGGGAGUUUGAUAAAGUCUCAAAAAGAAAUCUUUGUAAAGUUGGUUGGCAUUUUCACCAGGAAUGGCUUCACACUUAAAGCUUCAUGGUUAUGUAGAGGCUCAUUGUUUAUAGUUUUAGUUGAAGAACUGAUCGUGAGUUGCAAGCUGUCAACUUGAAGAGUUAAGUUGCUCUUCUAGCCACUUUUUAAACUAGUUUAAGAUACUAACUUUUUGUUCAUUGGCUAUUAUGACUGGAUUGGAAGUUGAAGCUUGUUAAAAAUGGUAUGUGCUUAAAGAUUGGAGCUCGAAGAACAUAAGGUUUGAGCUGACACAAGUGAUGAGUCUCUUUGUUUAGAGUUUUAAUAGAAAAACUUGAUGAUUAGUUAGAAGCUGAUACUUGAAAAGUUAAGUUCUUUAUUCUUUAGCUAAAUAUAACUUUUUAAUUUUC